AUGAAAGCAACGCAAAUCGCACAGCAAUUAUUCAAGUCGCUACAGCUACAGCUACACUCACGCUCAGUUAUUAGCGUGCAUGGUAGAGAUAGUGCCAAAUUCCUCAACGGACUGUGUACACAAACCAUCCCUACUCCGCAAGACGGCGGGCGAUACGCUGCCAUCCUCAGCCCGCCAGGCCGCAUGCUCUACGAUACCUUCAUCUACCCGACUAGCGCGGAUUGUUUUUAUCUCGAUGUCGAUAGCCGAGUCAGUGCGGGCGUCGUGGCGCUGUGCAACAAAUACAAGCUGCGCUCCAAAGUGAAGGUGGAAGGCGUAGAGGGUGUUGGUGUGUAUUGGAAGGAUGAAGGUGGUGUGGGUGAACAGGAGCAGGAACAGGAGCAGGAGCACCACCAAAUCGCUUCAAUCGCUUCCAUGAUCGAUCCUCGCGCGCCAGGAAUGGGACGAAGGAUUCUUGCUGAGUCACGCGAUGCACGCGAUGCACGCGAUGAACACUCUGCACACUCCACACACCCCGAAUACUCCCGCAGGAGAUACUCCCUAGGUGUGCCCGAGGGCAUAGACGAUCUAUGGCCAGAAAAGAGCCUGCCGCUCGAGUCCAACAUCGACUACAUGAACGGCGUCAACUUCCGCAAAGGCUGCUACGUGGGGCAGGAGCUUACUAUACGCACCCAGCACACGGGAGUAGUGAGAAAGCGCAUUCUCCCAAUCACGCUGCAACGGAGGCAGAAUGAAGGAGACACUCCCACACCUCCACCUAUGACUAACAUUUACGCUCAACUGCCAUCCCUCAAAACACCGAAACAGGUGGGCAAACUCUGCGGAACCUUGCCCAACCCCGAUGGAAGUAUCAGCGGUAUCGCCCUCCUCAGAUUGGAAAUGCUCGUGCGUGCCCCAGAUGGCCUGUUCAUUAGGGGCGACAGCGGCAACGACCCUCACUGGCAUGUCCAAGCUCGUAUCCCAGAGUGGUGGCCUAACGAUCCCAAGUUGGACGGCGUGUUGCGCGAGGCUGAGAUGGGCGACCAAACACAAUAA